AUUCUGUGCUAGCUGCUGAUCUCUUGCAUGUUGAUUUUUGUAAUAGCAUCUUUGCCACUCGUCAAUCCUCCCUUUCCCUCUCCUCUGCAACCUUACCAAAUUUGCUUACAUCUUCUUUUUCAUUUUCUGCCCAGAAACUGUCCUCUUCUUCUAUUCUCUUUCCACACACUAGCUGCUUGUUUCCUCUCUUUGAUGGUUUUCAAUCUCACUUUCUCUUGAAAUCCCUCUUCAAGAUCACAGAACAGAAAGCCCUUCUGUACCAUCUUCUUCAAUCCACAUAUAUAACAUGUUCUCUCCUCACCUAAAUAUUGAUGAAGAACCAAAGGCGAGUUUUCCAUUAACUGAUUUAUCUUUAAGCACUGGUGUAGUCGUCCAGAGAGCCCAACAAUGCAAAAUUCUUUCUAAUGUUGGAGACAAGAUUCAGCCCAAAAGCAUCUCCUACACCAGAAAUUAUCAACACCCAUUUGAAUCACAAGAAAGUCUGAUUCGAUUUAAGAAGCAAAGAAGCCUGGAUGGUGCAGCAUUAACUAUAGGAACUGGUUCUAGUUCAGACCAGUUUAAAAUAAGUGGGCUUGAUCAAACUGACGAAAGACUCAGGUCAGCUGCUAGUUUUAGUGCUGGAAGUGGAGUAUAUGGAGGCGAAUAUGCAAGGAACGAGCCAACCCAAGUUACGAAUCUAUUCGGUGCAUGUAAUGCAAGUGAAGUGAGAGGUAUUGAUAAGGCAAGAAACGUACCCUACCAUCAAUUUGUUGAUGGGUUGAUUAUGAGGAAUGAAAAUGGCAACAGAAUGAGUGGUUAUGGUGGACCUGAAGUGAAUGUUGUUAACAAAGGAAGCCCAUAUCAACAAUCAGUAUUGUGUGGGGGGCUCAACACUAGUGAAAAUAGCAAAAGAAUGAGUUCUUAUGGCAGAGCUGGUGCAACUUUUAUUCAUACCCCAGCAUCUGAGAAAAUCCGCCACAGAAUGAUAAAAAAUCGAGAAUCAGCUGCCAGAUCUAGAGCAAGAAAUCAGGCUCUGGAAGCUCAACAACAAUUGGAAAAUACAGCACUCAAGAAAGAGAAUGAUCUCCUAAAAAGGAUUGUAAGGGUAUAAUUUAAGUAGCAAUUUGAUUUUGUUGAAAGUAUUUGACCAUUUAGUUACCAUUUGAGAUCCCCCCAUGUUGGUUAAACCAGAUGGAACAUAUUAAAUUCAUUCACAUCAUUGAAUUUGAAAAUGAUGGCUAGUCAGAAUUUCAGAAUAUAAAAAGUUCAGGAUAUGUAUUGUUAUUUGAAAACCAGCAUAAGAGGAUUCAAAUGAUGUUGAACUUAGUUUCUAAAUUUAUAUCGACUCUUUAACUAUAGGAAAGUAAGAUAUUGUCAAUGGGUUUUGAUGCUUUGCAGUUUCUCUUAGCAAUUGUGAGGACAAAACGCACGAAGUUGCCAAAACUUUCAAGGAGUUUCUCAGCGCCAUUCUAAAUGACACAACAGAAACGAAUCAAUAGGAACAAAUAGCGUGUGUGUAAAUGGAUGAAAGUGUUGCUAGGCUUGUGACUUUUGAGUCAUCAAUAUGAAGCACCUGCCAGUUUAGCCCUGGUAGUAAGUACACCUCUUAACAUGGACAAGGUCCAAGUCUCCUUAAUUUUCCCAGUUUUAAUGUAAAUAAGAAUACUAAAACUGUUGAUACUGUUUGUAUAUGUCAUGCGUCUAACAGUAGCAAGUCUUGAAGCUGUAUGAAUCUAGUAUCAAGCACUGUCACUGCUGGAUCAAUCAUAUCUUCUGUAUGUUAGAAGCAACAUAUGUAAGCUAGCAUAUGACCUGAAUAUAUGAACCCCCCACUGCCUGCAAA